GUUGUUUUCAUAUUUAUCAGCAUGUCAAAAGGUAUCGCUGUAUUUAGAAUCUUAACGAACGGCGUAAUGGAAGAUAACUGACAUGUAACUGGUUUGUCUUCAAAGGCCAAGGCUAAACCGAUGAAAGACAGUAUGACCUAUCGUACCUUCGAAUUAAACUUCAUUUGCUACAACGCCCGAGUACUGGCGCAGAAGCAAGGACACACCUGGAGAUAAGAGUGUCGUCUGCUCCUCAAACAUCAGACGACAUUUUAAACAAGUGAGUAAACCGGUUGAGCAUUUCGCGCAACUUACAAAAAAGGUUUAUUUACACAUAUCCGUGCUGCACGAUUGAGAUAACAGUGACUAAUGAAGAAAACGUCUGCCUGCGAAGUUCUCCUUGUUUAGCCCAUGCAUGGUAUUGUCGAGAUAUACCUCUCCAACGCCCGAAGCGUUAUUUCAACUCAUAUCCAUCGGACUGUUUAAACAACACUAUAAAGACGUGUGUUGGUCUGUGUCAGGAGCUGCCCCAAAGCCAGAGCUUUCGGUGAUAUAGACCGGCGUACUGCCUUCAAAGCAAAGCGCGUGCACAUCUGUCUGGUGUGUAUUUCACAUUAAAUAUCAACCGGCAAAGCUAACGGCAGCAACAUGGCGAUGCAGGAGGAUAUCGAGCUACCGUAUCUCACUGAUGGAUACCUGGGCAAGCAAAUGAAGUUUGACAGCUAUGGAUUAAUCACUGUUUCCCACCCUGAUCCCUUUAUCAAAAUGGAUUCGGAUCGGGUCGAGAUAAUCAUCGGAACAUCAGAAAAGAUUCGAAUGACGACGAAAAUGAUUUCCAUGGGGACGAAAAAGGAGUGUAAUGAAUAUAGCCUUGUCAGAAUUCAAGGUCCCAAUUUCUGCUUUCUUCUCCGGCCACCAGUUCAAGGAUUCUAUAAAUUCCAAAUCUACGCCCUCCCGUCGGGCGAGGCUGGACCUCAGAUGCAAGGAGUCAUCAACUAUGUUGUCUAUUGUCCAGGGCUGGCCGCCGAUGUCCAGCCUUUCCCGAAACAGUACCCUCAGUGGAAAGAUGGCUGUUACCUUUUCGAGCCCUACAGCAUCCCCAAAGGUACCAGAGAGCCUGUUGGGUUCAAGGUCUACGUUCCAAAGGCCAAAGACGUGCAGGUGAAGGUGGGAAAUGAUUGGAACCCGCUUGAACAGACCGAGCCAGGUACAUUUGAAGGCACUGUGGACCUCAGUAAUAAUUACCCCCCAAAUACUUUGGCGAAACUCAAUGUUAAAUAUAUGGGGAAUAACUACAAUACAUUGUUGGAAUAUAAACUUUGAACUUUCAACAUUCAUUGUUCCUUGUUGGGCUGUGCCCGUUUUACGGAUUUUCACGAAUUAUUUUUGGAGUGUUUUUUAGUUGUUUCUCACAUUUGUUUGUGUUACACAAAUGGCCGCACUUCUUCAUGGGAUGGAAGGUCUCAUUUGCAACAGAUGUAUGGGCACAAAGACAUUCUGAUAUUUUCCACUUGAUGCUGUGACUUUUCUCGAACAGUAUCCCUCUCUCGAAGUAUACCGUGGGUACGACAAAAAAUGUUUUACAAAGUAUCAUUGAAUGUUUAAUAUUCCAAUAUUUCGGAUUACUGCAGGUCUUGAUUCUGAAAUCAGGUACGGGUUUAUUGUGUGUAUGAUAAUUUAAUAAGGCUCUGUCAGCUAACAUAUCAAAUGUAAAUCUCCACUUUUUACACAAUAUAUUUGCAUAAUAUUCUUUUUAAUCAUACUGUUACACACUGAUUUGUUCCAAACGGAAUAAAAUUUUGCAUAAAAA